ACUAUGCCCUGGAGUUGCCGUGGGAAAGUCCAGCUCGGGGGGCUGCUCCUCUCCCUCCUUGGCUGGCUCUGCUCAUGUGUCACCACCGUCCUGCCCCAGUGGAAGACUCUUACUCUGGGACUGAUCGAAAUGGAGACCUGGAUGAUGGGGCUGUGGCAGGUCUGCGUGAAUCAGGAGGAAGUUGCCACUGUGUGCAAGGCCUUUGAGUCCUUCUUGUCCCUGCCCCAGGAGCUCCAGGUAGCCCGCAUCGUCAUGGUGGCCUCCCACGGGCUCGGCCUGUUGGGGUUUCUGCUGUCCGGCUUUGGGUCUGAAUGCUUCCAGAUUCACAGGAUCAGAUGGGUAUCCAAGAGGCGGCUCUGCCUCCUGGGAGGGACUUUGGAGGUCUCAGCUUCAGCAACUACUCUCUUUCCAGUCUCCUGGGUGGCCCACGCCACAAUCCGGGACUUCUGGGAUGACAGUGUUCCUGAGAUUGUACCUCGGUGGGAGUUUGGAGAUGCCCUCUUUUUGGGCUGGGCUGCUGGUAUUUUCCUAGCUCUUGGUGGGCUACUCCUCAUCUUCUCAAUCUGCCUGGAAAAAGAAGACGUGCCUUCUCCCACAGUGCCCCCCUCCUGUGCUCCAGUGGAGGAGUCAGACAGCUCCUUCCACCUCACGCCAAGACCCGGGAACCUGGUCAUCUAG